AGGAAAAAUAACCCAGCAAGGCUUGGGACUUCCUCUGCUAAAGGCUUUAUCACAGCACGUAGCUUUGAGCUAAUCUUUAACUUCCCUUUGGACAGCCAUACAAGAACAACUUGGACAGCCAACAAGAACAACCCUUGCUCAAUUGUCAUUUAAGAACAAGAAGUGGGAAUUCUGGUGGUUCAGAGCCAACAAGAUUCCCUCGAGUCAAGUGUGAUAGCUGCAGAGAAAAGUGCAAGACAAGCAUAGUAACGAAGAUGGUAGGCAGCAAAAAACACAGUACGGAAGAAGAAGCUCAGGAAACUCCCAGAUUUCAACAAAAGACUCUGACAGCACCUGCUCCAUUUGCAGAUGAAACCAGCUGUCAGUGCAAAGCACCCCAUGAGAAGUUAACCAUUGCGCAAGCCCGCCUGGGAACACCAGUUGACAGACCUGUCAGAGUGUAUGCAGAUGGAAUAUUUGACCUCUUCCACGCCGGCCAUGCUAGAGCUCUUAUGCAAGCCAAAACUCUAUUCCCAAAUAGCUACUUAUUAGUAGGAGUUUGCAGUGAUGAUUUAACUCAUAAAUUCAAAGGCUUCACUGUGAUGAAUGAAACUGAGCGAUACGAAGCCCUCAGACACUGUCGUUAUGUGGAUGAGGUCAUCAGAGAUGCACCCUGGACACUGACACCUGAGUUCCUUGAAAAACAUAAGAUUGACUUCGUAGCACAUGAUGACAUCCCAUACUCUUCCGCUGGAUCGGAUGACGUAUACAAACACAUAAAGGAGGCAGGAAUGUUUGUACCUACGCAGAGAACCGAAGGUAUCUCCACAUCGGAUAUCAUCACGCGGAUCGUCCGGGACUACGACGUGUACGCCCGGCGCAACCUCCAGCGAGGAUACACCGCCAAAGAGCUGAAUGUCAGCUUUAUAAAUGAGAAGAAAUAUCGCUUUCAAAACCAAGUGGACAAAAUGAAAGAAAAAGUCAAGAAUGUGGAGGAAAAGUCAAAAGAAUUUGUUUACAAGGUAGAAGAGAAGAGCCACGACCUCAUUCAGAAAUGGGAAGAAAAGUCCAGGGAAUUUAUUGGCAACUUUUUAGAGCUGUUUGGACCUGAUGGAGCUUGGAAGCAGAUGUUCCAGGAACGAAGCGGCCGAAUGCUCCAGGCCUUUUCUCCCCGGCAGAGCCCAAACAGCAGUCCUACACGAGGCCGCUCUCCGUCCCGUUCUCCAUCUCCACCCUGGGUCAUCAAUAAGACCUCCCCUCCCUCUUCUCCAAAAGCUGCCUCUGCCUCCCUCAGCAGCAUGAGCGAGGGAGACGAGGAUGAAAAAUAAAAUAUAUAUUUUUUUAACCAUGAGACAGAAGAACAAGA